CAAGCAUGCAAUGCUUCUGCUAGACAGUAGCAAAACGUAUUUAGCUGAGUAAUUGUUAAGUUAGAAGCAUAGUUGUUCAGGGAAAAGUCACUUUUAACGAAUAUUCAACUAAAAAAUGGCCGAGGGAACGUACGAAUAUGAAUGCAUGAGGGCGGAGCUGCUCGGAGUUGCACCGCCAAACAGGCAGGAAUUCGAAGAAAAGCAGAAACUCCAACUUGAAGCUGCACAAGAAGAACAGUUAACAGAACAAAUGAAGGAUGUCGAUCUGCAAGACGAACAGAUGCAAGGUGCAUCCGGUAAGAUGGAUGAGCUAAAUAAUAUUUUAUCUAUGACUCAGCAACGAAUCAACAAAUUUAAGGUUGCAUGUGGAAGUUUAACGAAUCUGCUCAAAUUUCGACCCGCAACUCCCAGUGAGGGAGGCGCCGCCAACGACCCGGAACCGUCCUCCAAUACGAUAAACGAUGCGCUAGAUACUUUGGACACAAUGAAGGAAGUCCAGAAUGCGUCCGAAGCGACGGUAGUUAAAUCCGCAGCCACCGAUCUGGGACAAAAAAUGACCUGUCAGCUGGAUAAAUUGGAUUCACUAUUGUACAAGGCCGACAAUGCAACUUAUUCCAUGAAACAUCAAACAGAUCAAAUGAAAAAAAUUGCCAAGUAAUGCAAGUGGUUGCACAUUUUCAUGUAGCCUUGCAAUAACCUGCAUACACAAUGAGAUGUAUUGGACACGCUUGAAUUUUUAACAUUCGUGAUCUUUACCAUAGUGAACUACUCUAUUCUAUCAGAAGUAUAUUGCUUUUUUAGCUGCUACAACUCGAUAUUUAAGCGCAUAAUAAUCAUAUACAAAAAUAUUAGAACUAUUUCAAAGAUAUUUGUUUAGCUUCUGGGAAAAAUAUUUGCUGAUAUCACAAUUUUUCAACGAAAAUGUACUGUCUUCCAAAUUCUACCGGACAGUGAUUUAUUUGAGCACAAUUGAAACUGCUGCUGUUAAAAGAUUAAAAUGACAUUAUAUGAAUGCUAUUGGAAGCAUAGCAAUACACAAGGAAUUCGUUAGAAAAAAAGGAAGAAUUAAAAAAAUCAAACGCCAGUGAAAUGAUAUGUGAAACACCGAAUACGCAUGUGAUAUUAGUUUGCACCAUUCAUGUAGAGCGAGGGGAUGAAAAGGGACUGUUUUAUUUCCGUUCCUGGUAGUAGAUCUUACAGUAGUGCUAGAUGUUGUUGUUGUCUUUACCUAUAAAAUGAAAAAUAUUGUUAUCAUACAAACUACUUAUUGAUGACUUACAAACAAAUGCUGAUAUUGAGAUUGAGCAAUAAACAAUCAUGAAAAUCAAGAA